AUGGCGCUGGAGACGCUGUCCCCGGACUGGGAGUUCGACCGCCUGGACGACGGCUCGCAGAAAAUUCAUGCUGAAGUGCAGUUGAAGAGUUAUGGAAAAUUUCUUGAGGAAUAUACAUCUCAGCUGAAGAGAAUUGAAGAUGCAUUGGAUGACUCUGUUGGAGAUGUUUGGGACUUCAGUCUUGAUCCCAUUGCUUUGAAGCUCUUGCCAUAUGAACAGUCCUCCCUACUGGAGCUUAUAAAGACAGAAAACAAGGUUCUAAACAAAGUUAUAACUGUGUAUGCUGCUCUUUGCUGUGAAAUCAAGAAGUUAAAAUAUGAGGCAGAAACUAAAUUUUAUAACGGCCUCUUGUUUUAUGGAGAAGGAGCCACAGACUCCAGCAUGGUGGAGGGAGAUUGCCAAAUACAGAUGGGAAGAUUUGUUUCUUUCUUGCAGGAGCUCUCAUGCUUUGUUACCCGAUGUUAUGAAGUGGUGGUGAAUGUUGUGCAUCAACUGGCUGUGCUGUACACCAGCAACAAGAAUGCACCUAAAAUUAUAGAGACAUCUGGAGUUCAUUUUCAGGCAAUGUAUGAGCAUCUAGGAGAGUUGCUGGCAAUCUUGAUCACUCUGGAUGAAAUAAUUGACAAUCAUGCCACACUGAAAGAUCACUGGACCAUGUACAAGAGGCUGCUAAAAUCUGUCCAUCACAACCCUUCCAAGUUUGGGAUUCAAGAAGAUAAACUAAAGCCAUUUGAAAAACUGCUGUUAAAACUGGAAUGCCAGUUACUUGAUGGAAUGAUAUUUCAGGCCUGUAUAGAGCAACAAUUUGAUUCUUUAAAUGGUGGAGUGUCUGUGUCAAAGAACAGCACAUUUGCUGAAGAAUUUGCUCAUACUCUUCGUACAGCUUUUGCAAAUGUCGAAGCCAAACUUGGUGAACCUUCAGAAAUUGACCAGAGAGAUAAAUAUGUGGGCAUCUGUGGCCUCUUCGUACUGCAUUUUCAGAUUUUUCGGACUGUAGACAAGAAAUUUUAUAAGUCAUUGUUGGAUGUCUGUAAAAAGGUUCCAGCCAUUACAUUAACAGCUAACAUUAUCUGGUUUGCUGACAACUUUCUGAUUCAGAAGAUUCCAGCUGCUGCCAAACUACUGGACAAGAAAAGUAUUCAUACAGUUAAAACACAAAGGGAGAACUUUCUACAGCAGAGGGCACAGUCACUUACCAAAGAUAUGCAAUCAUAUUAUGUUUUUGUGAGCUCGUGGAUGACAAAAAUGGAAUCUAUCUUGUCCAAGGAGCAGCGCACAGCAAAGUUUUCUGAAGAUCUUUCUAACCGCUGCAAUGUCUUCAUCCAGGGUUUUCUUUAUGCAUACAGUCUUAGCACCACCAUUAAAACUACAAUGAAUCUUUACAUGACAAUGCAAAAACCUAUGACCAAAACCUCAGUAAAAGCCUUGUGCAGACUUGUGGAACUUUUGAAGGCAAUAGAACAUAUGUUUUACCGAAGAAGCAUGGUUGUGGCAGACUCUGUGACACACAUCACUCAGCAUCUGCAGUAUCAGGCUCUUCACUCUAUCUCUGUGGCCAAGAAAAGGGUCAUUUCUGAUAAAAAGUACAGUGAGCAGCGCCUGGAUGUCCUCUCUGCUUUGGUGUUGGCUGAGAACACCCUCAAUGGGCCAAGUACAAAACAGAGAAGACUGAUUGUUUCCCUUGCACUGAGUGUGGGAACACAGAUGAAGACAUUUAAAGAUGAAGAACUUAUUCCCCUUCAGUUAGUUCUGAAAAAACUGGACUUGAUCAGUGAACUUACAGAGAGAAUUCGAGCACAAUGUGACUGCUGUUUCUUAUAUUGGCAUCGAGCUGUCUUUCCAAUCUAUUUAGAUGACGUCUAUGAAAAUGCAGUGGAUUCUGCUAGACUACAUUAUAUGUUUAGUGCACUCCGGGACUGUGUGCCUGCUAUGAUGCAUGCAAGACACUUGGAAUCUUAUGAAGUGCUUCUGGAAUGCUAUGACAAGGAAAUCAUGGAAGUGCUCAAUGAGCACUUGCUGGACAAAUUGUGUAAAGAGAUCGAAAAGGACCUGCGCUUAUCAGUUCACACACACCUGAAGCUGGAUGACAGAAACCCCUUCAGAGUUGGCAUGAAGGACCUGGCUCACUUCUUCUUUCUGAACCCAAUACGUUUUUUCAAUAGGUUCAUUGACAUAAAAGCUUAUGUAACUCAUUAUUUGGACAAGACCUUCUACAAUUUAACGACUGUAGCUCUUCAUGAUUGGGCCACCUACAGUGAGAUGAGAAACCUGGCAACCCAGCGCUAUGGCUUAAGUAUGACUGAGGCUCACCUUCCCAGCCAGACUCUGGAGCAGGGUCUGGAUGUUUUGGAAAUCAUGAGAAAUAUUCAUGUUUUUGUAUCCCGCUACCUCUACAAUCUGAAUAAUCAGAUCUUCAUUGAAAGAACAAGUAAUAACAAACACUUGAACACCAUCAAUAUCCGACACAUCGCUAAUUCAAUUCGAACUCAUGGAACAGGAAUCAUGAACACAACAGUAAAUUUCACUUACCAGUUCUUGAGGAAAAAGUUUUACAUUUUUAGCCAGUUUAUGUAUGAUGAACAUAUCAAAUCCAGACUUAUCAAAGACAUCAGAUUCUUCAGGGAAGUCAAGGAUCAAAAUGAUCACAAGUAUCCCUUUGAAAGAGCAGAUAAAUUCAACCGUGGCAUCAGAAAACUUGGAAUAACCCCGGAUGGCCAGAGCUACCUUGACCAGUUCAGACAACUCAUAAGUCAAAUUGGCAAUGCUAUGGGUUAUGUACGAAUGAUAAGAUCUGGUGGACUUCACUGCUGCAGUAGUGCUAUUAGGUUUGUUCCUGAUUUGGAAGAUAUUGUUAACUUUGAAGAGCUGGUGAAAGAAGAAGGACUCUCGGAAGAAACACAAAAAGCAGCAAGGCAGCUGGACUCUGUGCUCAGUGACCUGACCAGGAACUUUGCAGAAGGAACAGAGUACUUCAAAAUGCUGGUGGAUGUGUUUGCUCCCGAAUUCCGCAGCUCCAAGAACAUGCAUUUGCGGAACUUCUACAUCAUUGUACCCCCCCUGACACUCAAUUUUGUAGAGCAUUCAAUCAGUUGCAAGGAGAAAUUGAAUAAGAAGAACAAAAGUGGAGCAGCUUUCACUGAUGAUGGGUUUGCCAUGGGUGUGGCUUACAUUCUGAAGCUUUUGGAUCAGUACCAGGAGUUUGAUUCUCUGCACUGGUUCCAGUCUGUUAGAGAGAAGUAUGUGAAGGAAAUAAGAGCAGUAGCUAAGCAACAGAACGUGCAGUCCACUAAUCAAGAUGAAAAACUACUACAGACUAUGAACCUUACCCACAAGCGACUGGAAGUUUGUUUACAGGAAUUUGAACUGCUUUAUUUCUCACUAAGUAGUGCAAGAAUUUUUUUCAGAGCAGAUAAAACUGCAGCAGAAGAAAGCCAGGAAAAGAAAGAAAAAGAAGAAUCUGGUAAAACAAGCAAUGGAGAUCUUUCCAACUCUACGCCUGCAGAGCCUGUUGUGAAAUGACAUGGCUGGGUUUUGGUUUGUUUUUUUUUUUAAUUUGUGUACACUUUUUUUGACCAAACUGUGCCCGCACUGAAGGCUCGGUAGCAUUGCCGAGAUGAGCAUUCUUGCUGCUGCCUCCAUCCUGCUGCAGUUGCUGUGCACAUCCUUCCACAUUCCCAUCCCUGCUGAAGUCACGUAAGUUCGUGGAGUGGAGUGGCCAAGUGCUGCACUUCCUUCUUCCGCAGCAACGGCAGAAUCACCCAUAGAUGGUGUUCCUUUCCCCAGGAUGGCCUUGCUAGGGAGCUGUGUACAGUCAAGACGCAGCCCACACUCUAGUCUAGUCUGCAUUUGUAUUUCCCCAUCUCCAUUUUUUUUUGCUUUUGGAAAGACAUUAUCUUGCUAAGGUAAGAUUUUGCAGUUGAACAUAACGUGAACUGAGCACUGUCUUCAUGUACAGUGGUUAAUGAAUUCACGUGGUUCUGGUGAUGGAAAUUCUAGAGGAAAGACAUGGCCUAUUUUUAUAGAUGCCUGUUUAAUCUGGGAGAACUGAAUGUAUACUCUAUGUGGCAAAAAUAUAUACAUACACAAAUAUGUACAGUGAUAAUAGAGCUAUUCUUGCGAAUACAGGACUGUAGUUUGUAUUUCCUUCUUUCUGUCAUGUAGCAGCACAGAUAUGCAGAAAGAUUUUUUUUCUCAACUGCAAUCCAAGUUGGGUCCUGGGUUUGGCUGUCACAUGUCACUAAGUUGCAUUAAAUCCUUUUUUCUCCCCACAAGGAUAUGGAAAGGGGGCAAAAUUCAUGCUGUGGUGCUACUACUCUUUCUGUUGGUUUUGGCCUCCUGUUGCAAUUACAGGAACCACAUGGACCCUAAUUGGUUGUCUGGAGAUGAGACUAAAACAUAAAAAAUCCCCUAAACUAAACCAAAUGUGCUCACUUAGAAAUUCCCAGGGGUGAUAGAAGUGAUAAUGAUGAAUUUGCUGCAGGGACAUAACAUAUGUCUAGGGGCUUUUUCCUUCAGGACAGGGUUGGGACAGGCUGAAGGCCAGGCUCUCACACCCAGCAGGCAGCUGCCACCACUGCCCUCAGGUGUUCAUCCUUGUGCCAAGGCUGCUGGAAGUGGCAGCAGCUGCUCUCCCAGGGGUUGUGGACCCCCAGCUCACUGUCAGCCCUGCCACCAAGGGUUAGCAUGGCUCCAGAAGCACCCAGCUGCUGCAAACUCCUGGUGCUGAAGGCACAUUCUGCAGGUCCUAAUGCAGCCUGGAACCAGAAGGAAAUUUGAGUUGCAUCAAACGUCCAUCAACAGCUGUUUUCAGCUUCUCAGGUACAAAGGACCAAAUGUAAUACUUAAUGUUUCCUAACUCAUUGUACAAAAGGGUAUUUUAUU